AUGGCUUCCACUCCGGCUCCGGCACCGGAAUUCAUCAUGGGAGCUCCUCCCGUGACAUUGCCACAGAGCUCACCAUUCGAUCAGUUUCUCAACAUUGUGAGUCAGGUAAGUGACCACAUUCACGAACCCAACCACCAGUUGCGUUGGCCAGAAUGGAUGGUAUUGACCCGAUUGCGUGAGGCAUUCGCGAUUUUCUACGUGCAUUUGGCAUCAAUUGCUGCAACUCUGGAAUUGUACCAAUGGAAGAAUGCCCUGAUUGAGGUCACGCAGACCAUUGAUCACUACGUCACGGUGACAUUGAAUGAAGGAAUCAUUCACUUGGAUUGCCCAGUGAUUCUUGAGAUUGCUGAAAUGAUCCAUGAUGCAUUGUCUGCUUAUUGCCAACAGAUGUCUAGAUUUACAGGGAAGAUUACAGGCAUUGAGCUUCAAUUGGGCUGGACCAUUGCCAACAAAUGGUCACGCGCAAUGACGCCAGAUGGCUACUCGGCGCAUUGUGGUUAUGCGAAUUGCGCAUUCUUGAACUUGAUUCACAUGUGCAACAGAUGCAUUGCCCACAUGAGAGCAACAGACAUUGCGGACGGAAUUCCCUCGAUUUUCGCCCGAGCAGUUGCAGUGACAUUGUUCAGAUGCCGUGAUCACAGACCAGUUGAUGGAUUGGUCGAAUGGUUUGCUUGCUUAGCAUUGCCGGCUUCGAUCAUUGAGUCAUUGGUGAGUGGACAAGUCACCAACAUCCCCACGCCAUUGGGGCAAUUGAAUCCACAAUUCAGUGUGGAUGCGAGCCUACGCAAAUUGUGCCAUUGGUACCGCCAAAACCGAUUCUCGCGCAGUCAGUGCGCGGAAUUGGUGAAAGUAUUGAUCUUCCGGCCCACGAGAUUGAUGAUGGACACAAGAUUGAAGAAUCCGGAAGGGAUUGGUGGUUUCCAAAAGUACCACAAUUGCUCAUUCCUCAGUUGUUCUUGGUGCUUGACGAUUGACAGCACUCAGAACCAGAUUGGUGGAGAUUACACCUAUUGCCUGGAUGGGAUUGUUCGUCAGCAUUGCAUUGUCCUCGAGUUGGCAACAUUGAAUGUGGAAGGAUUGGCUUCCCUGAUGCACAAUUCGAGCUACGAGCAUUGGUACCCGACGGAAGCUGUGCACCGUCAUUGCACAUUCCCUGUCUCGUGCAUGCAGAUUGAGGGUGUCCCUGAACUCAUGCUAUUGUCGGAAAAUUGCGAUGAGAUUCCGGCUGACGACAUUGCAGCAAGUGCAGGUUUGGGGCCCGGAUUGACCGAUUCCGGAUCUUCGUCGUCGUCAUUGACGAGCCAGGAGUACAGUGUAAUGGUUGCCACUGCGGCGGCUAUUGCGCAGAAGAAACGCAAGGGCCAGUAG